AUGGAACGUCUAUUCCGAUUUAUCGAGGUAGACUAUCCUAACACUUUUGACGAUGAAUUUCCUUAUGCGCCAGGAUAUUGUCAGAGGAAGCAAAUCGCCCCAUGCACAAAAGACGGAGAGUCUGAUUUUUGUAUCAGACGAAUUCCGUAUUUGAAAGAAAAUCAUGUUAAACAAGAGUUUGGCAUGAUUUUACUGCAAGGAAUAAAAACUCGUUUGUUUGUAAAAGAUUUUUAUCAAUCAAUUGACACAGCAUAUGUCAAAGAGAUUCAUUCAAUAAAGAAUCCACUUAAGAGCAUCAUUUUGCACGAGAAUAUAAAAGAAUUUGUCCAGAAUUCACAACGGAAAUCCACACCCCCAACGCCACCGCGCUCCCCACAAAAUUUGACGUCCACGAGCACAUCUGGUGAAGAUGUCAGUGAGACAUUGGAAAAAAUGGACAAUGCUGGGAGUGUGUUUCUCCAGAGUCUAAAAGGUGAACAGGAUGGUAGUACAAUAUCAUUUGAUGACUUGUAUUAUGAAUUCAUAAAAGAGUACAAAGGAUUUAAACAUGAAAUAAACAAUGAUCGUGAAUCUACUUUGAUAUUAAAUUUAAAAGAGAAACUAGAACCAUCGCCCGAAAUUAUCGAACAACAAUUAGCGCAUGGGAGAGAGUACGCCAAAUUGAUCUGUGAAAAAAAUCAAUUGGCCGAGCGAAAUGCUAUUAACGCACUAAGAGAUCCCAGAAAUGUGGCACGGCAAGUGUCCACGUAA